AUGGAUGAAAUUGUACCCUUUAAUUACUUCCGAAGAGGAGACCAUCUCAUCGCUGGACUUGUCACUACAGAAAUCAACCAGCAUCCCACACUCUUACCAGAUAACAUCACCCUCGGCUACACCGUCUAUGAGAAUGCUGUGCAUCCCAGGUUGACGUAUGAUGCCUUGAUAGACCUGCUACCCUCUUCCCAGGAGACAAUUCCGAACUACAAAUGUGGAAGGCAGAAUCACCUGUUGGUUGUUCUUGAAGGGUCUGAGUCCAGCAUCUUCACUGAUGUUUCAAUGCUCUUGAGCACCUACAAAGUCCCUCAGGUCAGCCAUGAUUUUAAUUCAGCAGUUCUUAAGGAUAAAACUCGGUUUCCUUUCUUCUACCCAAUGGCCCCAAAGAAAGAAGUCCAGUACCUGGGAAUUGUCAAACUGCUUCUGUAUUUCCGAUGGACGUGGGUUGGUCUCUUUGCUCCAGACAGUGACCUUGGGGGAAAGUUCAAGGGCACCUUGACACCUCUCAUGCUCAGGAGUGGCAUCUGUGUCGCUUUUGCAGAGAGCAUCUCAGAACAUGGUGCUAAUUUCAUUGCUCUGUCAGAGGAAAGAACGCUACGGUUGUAUUCAUCUCUCACUCAAGGCCUUGUCAAUGUCUUUGUUUUCUAUGGAGAUGUUCUAUCCAUAGUACUUCUUGAAAUACUCAUACAAAAGGCUGAAGUAGAAAAUGUCAGACCAGGCAAAGUUUGGAUCACAACUCUUUUGCUGGACUCCCUCUUCAGCUUGGAAUGUGUUUCUUCUUCCUUUGAGAUUCCUAUGCAUGGAUCUCUCUCCUUCAUGACCCAGACAAAGAAAAGGAUGAUAUAUAAUUACUUACAAGUCUGUAACCCUCUUAUCAAGCAGUUCAUGAAGACAGCAUUUGAUUCCUCCUACUCAAAGCUCAUUCUGUCUGCAAGAGGCCACCUGAGAUGCAGAGAGAAAGAGGGGCUGGAGGACAGGGGCUGGGAGAUCCUGAAAGAACGCCUGCCUCCCAGGGCCUACAAUAUUUACACCUCCAUCCAUGUGGUGGCACAGGCCUUAUAUGCUGCCUACUCAUCCAGGUCUGAGAGGAGGAUGAGGGCUGGUGGAGACAGAUGGGAACAUGAACCAAUACAGCCUUGGCAGCUUCAUCGUUUCCUGAGACAUUACCAGUUUCACAACAUUUCUGUGGAUGGAACAGAUUUGGGUAAAAACAGGGACUUGGGAGCCAACUUAGAUAUUGUGAACACGAUUCUCUUGCCCAAUGCUUCUCUCUUGAGCGUGAAAAUUGGGAGUAUAGAAAAACAGGCCUCUGGGGAGAUGAAGCUGACCAUUGAUCAAGAUGCUAUUGUGUGGCCCACCUGGUAUAAGCAGAUGCUGCCUGAUUCCAGGUGUACCAAGAGCUGCCUCCCUGGGUAUGUGAAAGUGAAGCUGGAAGGAAAGCCCAUCUGCUGCUAUAACUGUUCUUUGUGUGGCGAAGGAACCAUCUCCUCUCAGGAAGGUUUUGUGGAAUAUGAAGAAAUUCGCAUUGUCAUGGAUAUGGAUGAGAUUUCCAUGAUGCUGAAGUCACUCUUUUCCUUUCCAGAUGCAGAUCGCUGCACCAAGUGCCCAGAAGAUCAGCAUCCCAACCAGGACCACACUCACUGCAUUCCCAAAGAUAUCAGUUUCCUUUCUUAUGAAGAAAUUUUGGGGGUUAUCCUCAUUGUUUUGGUCCUGUUUUUCUCCAUAGUCACACUUCUAAUUCUAGGAAUCUUCAUUAAAUAUACUGACACGCCGAUAGUCAAAGCCAACAACCGAGACCUCACCUACAUUCUUCUCAUCUCACUCCUGCUUUCCUUUCUGUCCUCCCUUCUCUUCAUCGGCCAGCCAAGGAGAGUGACCUGCCUCCUCCGACAAACCACCUUCAGCACCAUCUUCUCCAUUGCUGUGUCUUCUGUGUUGGCUAAAACGAUCACUGUGGUGGUGGCCUUCAUGGCCACCAAGCCAGGAAGCAGGAUGAGGAAAUGGCUGGGGAAGAGUUUGACAAACUCUAUUGUCAUUCUAUGUUCCAGUGUUCAAAUGGGCCUCUGCGUCAUCUGGCUUUGCACCUCUCCCCCUUUCCCAGAGCUUGACCUGCACUCUAAUAGCAGACAGAUUAUAUUGCAAUGCCAUGAAGGGUCUGUGGUCAUGUUUUAUGGUGCCCUGGGCUACAUGGGCUUCCUGGCAACCAUUUGUUUCACAGUGGCUUUCUUGGCUAGGAAACUUCCUGAUGCCUUCAAUGAAGCCAAGCUGAUCACCUUCAGCAUGCUGGUCUUCUGCAGUGUUUGGGUGUCCUUUGUCCCCACCUAUCUGAGCACCAAGGGAAAAUACAUGGUAGCGGUGCAGGUCUUCUCCAUCUUGACCUCCAGUGCUGGGCUGCUGGGUUUCAUCUUCAUCCCCAAAUGUUACAUCAUUGUAGUGAGGCCUGAUCUGAAUAUCAAGGACCAUCUCAUGAUGAAAAGUCAGGAUGAAAUUUGAUUC